AUGGAAAACUCUCACACAAUGAAGAGUCACAACAACAAUAUUGAGGAGAGUUCUAAGGCUGAGGAAAAUGGAGAAGAAAACAUCAACGAGGAUCAUGUAUUAUUAUCAAACUUGUUGGAAAAUCCAAGUGGAUCCAUACAGAAAACCUCCAAAAUAUUUUCAAUUACUGGUGUUCCUUAUACAUCACCAGCUAGUUUAUUGAUGAAGAAGGUCGAUGGACCAAAACCACAAAUGGUGAGAAGAGGAAGCACAACCAAAUUAUUAAUUACACAAAUUAUUAAUGAAUCCAAUGUAAAUGAUAGCUUAAAAACAACAAGCCCUUGUAAUUUUAGUAACAGCAGCAAAUGUAAUUCACCUUCUAAUCAGAGUGUUUCAUCAAGUCAUAGCAGAAGCUUUGAAAGUGAGAAUGCUCUUCUUACUAGUCAACAUCCAUCCACUCCUAAGUAUCAUACUCCUUCUCAUUUCUCAACAAGUGAACCUAAAACAUUUGAACAAACUCCAACUCCUUCAAACAUUAUUCAUCAUAAUACUGGAACGACUCCCUCAAAGACAGUAUCAGAGUCUAGAAAUGUAAUCAUAUCAUCAGCAUUUCAAUCAUUGGAAACACCAAAGUCUUCGGAUCGUGCUAGUGCAAGAAAGAAACAGGCGUAUAGUGAUGACUAUUUAAUGGCUCAAAAUAUCACACCAAUCAGCAGCAUUUCAACAAUUAUUAAGCAACAGCAAUCACAGACUCCAAAGAAUGAAUCAAAGACAACCUCUCAAAAGAAAACUACUCUUAAACCUAGAUCAGCAGGAACAACUACUCCAAAAUCAAUGUUUUCAAAAUCAAAAGUAACACUAAGUGGAGGUUCAAACACUAAAUUUGAGAGAGCUAACGCUAAAGAGUGGCAAUCUCUUGUGAAUAUUAAUGAAAAUGAUAUCACUCACAAUCAAAGCAAAAUGGAUCUAUCCAAUGUAUCAGUCCAUCACUAUGAAGAGACUGAGUUUGAACCAAAUGCAUAUGAGUUAAAAUCUAGGAAUCAAAUUAACCAUAUUAAACAAACCAUUAACCAGCAUAAGUUGAUGCUAGCUAAGAGAGAAUUAGAAAGUAAGGAACGAAAGAAGCUUCUCUCACCUUUCAUUUCCCAAGAAAUUGAUAGAGUUACGAAAAACAUUAUGGAAGGUGGUGAUUAUGAUCACUCUGAACUACUGUUUUCGAGCGUUAGUCCAGCUCAAUCCUUCUCUAAUGAUUACGAUGACGAUGCUGGUGAAGAUCCAAAACAAAAGAAUUCAUCAGCCUUCUCUAGUCAUAAUACGGAAUUUUCUUCAUCUAAUGGAACUAGUAGUAGCAAUAAUCCUUCUGGCGAUAGUAAUACACCAAACGACAGUGAUGAUAAAACAUCUCGGAACUAUGAAACUCUCUCCUUUGAAGUUGAUGAGCAAUUGAAUAGAGAUUUAACUGAAGGUGUUUCUGAAGAUAUUACUUCAUAUCAUCGAUCUAAUAUCAACCAUAAGAGUGCUGUUCCAAAAUUUCCUGAUAACAAAUUGACAGAUAUCGAAAAGCAAUGGGUCGGUUAUUGUGUGGAUAAGUUGAGAAAAGUUGAAGGAGUUGACCCAAAGAAAAUUCAAACUAUUGCACAAAAUUGUGUUCUCACUGAUAGAUUUAAAUACAAAUUCUUUAACCCAGCCACAGAAAUGGAUCAAGAUUUAGGAAUGGGAGCUAUGGGAGGAAACAAACAUACAAAACCUGGAUUGAGAAUCAAGUUUGUGCUUACUGAAUUAGAACAAUCAUCACAUAUGAGAUUGAUUAGAAGACUUGGUCACACUCUCAAUUUUACAAAAGAUUUACAAUUUGGAAUGUUUCACACUGCUUUAAUUGUCGGAAAUUGGUAUGUCGAAUGGAAUGAUAAUGCUCUUGCUAUUGUAAGAAAGAAUUCGUCAUCAAAGGCCAUUUUUGCCUUCGAUCUUGUAAUGAUUACAAAGGAAACUGAUAUUCACCGCUGCUUGGAUAUGAUUGCUCAAGUUUGUUGUGAAUGGAAUGGAACACAAACCUAUGAUAACAAGAAGAAUAACUGCCAACACUUUACCCAAGCUGUUUUGGAAAAGAUUGGAAUUGAUUUUGAGAGUAAAUUGAAAGGAGCCUCAAAGAUUUACAUUGAUAACUUGAAGAAGAAGGGUGUUUGUGAUAUGAGUAUGGAAUUAACUGACAAGUUAAAGCCUCUUUUUAAUAAUGUUAACUCUGUUAAAUUCAACACUCACGCCGAAUUAGAUUCAUUCUAUAAUACUAUUAAGGACAAGUAUCCAAACUAUUUUGAUGAUGAAGGAAAGGCUGAUGAAAUUCUUUUGAAAUCCUUCGACAGAGCCUUUUGGUUGAGAAAGGAAUCUUCAAAAGCAUCUGCUGCAGAUGAACCACAAAGAGGUGAAGGUGGUUGUUGUUUGUGUCCAUUCAAUCAAUACGAAGAUGUCUAUAGAGUUUAUCUUGAAAAGAACUCUGUAAACAGCAAGUAUAGUCUUGGAAAUUAUUUACCAGAUAUUCCUCAAAGAUAA